AUGGACUCCACGGCCAGUCAUAAGUGGCUGGCAGAACUGGAAAACAAGGAGGUCGGGGAGCUGGACUUCAUUGACGCGCUGACCAUGCAGCAGCUCGCCGAAUCCCUCGCCGACGAGCUCUGGGACCACCAGCCUAUUCACCAAGAACAGCAGCAAGUAGAAUUGUUGGAUCAGCGGCAGCAACGCACGAACACGUACACGAACACGACAGGAUUCCCCUUUCACGGAGACAUGAGCCGCGGAUCCUACGCCGAGGCCGACGAGGGCUUCCUCCCGACGGCGGCGGCUAUCAGCACAGCAGGCGGGAACAAAGACAGUUUGUUCUCCUUCACCGGCGGCAAGUCGGAGCAGCUGAUGAGCUUCUCUUCGCGAGAGCCGAAGCAGAAGGAAAGCAACGGCGGCACAACCGCAGCUGGGACACCGUUGAUGACGACGAUGGAGGGUAGUAGUAAAGGAGGGCGGCCGAGGGCGAGCUCCGGCGUGCAUGAGCACGUCGUCGCGGAGAGGAAGCGCCGGGAGAAGAUGAAUCAACAGUUCGCGGCUCUCGCGUCCAUCAUCCCGGACAUCACCAAGACAGACAAGGUGUCUCUCCUGGGGAGUACCAUCGACUACGUGCACCGCCUGAGGGGCAGGCUCAAGGUCCUGCAGGAGGAGCGCCAGAGCAGCACCGGCAGCACGGCGGAGUCCCCGCCGUUGGACGCCCGGUGCUGCGUCGGAUCACUGGAGGAGGAGGACGACGCCGGCCCCAAGAUCGAAGCGGACGUCCGGGGGACGACUGUUCUGCUGAGGGUGGUGUGCCGGGAGAAGAAGGGGGUGCUCAUCAUGCUGCUCAAGGAGCUGGAGAAGCACGGCCUCUCCACCAUCAACACCAACGUCUUGCUGCUCGCCGGGUCCUCGUUAAACAUCACCAUCACAGCGCAGGUGGAAGAUGGAUUCUCCACCUCAGUUGAACUUGUGAAUAAUCUAAAUGCUGCUUUGAAAAAAAAUUUAGGUUCAGAUUUCAGUUCCACGCGCAAGCUAUUGAUCGAUAUAUAUAUGUACGUACAAAUGGAGAUCGAAGUGGCAUGA